UCCGCCAUUAGAUUUUAUGACCAGAACAGAAGCCGUCCAAUUUUCGACGAAAUUUGUACCUCUAGCUGGAAUUCAGCUAAGAUUUUCUUCUCGCUAUUACUGUUUGUGCUCAUCUACCUAUUAGGACAAACACUGGGCUAUUCUAAAACGGAAAAAAGACGACAAUAUCUUGUUGUGAAACAAACGAAGCGCCAAAUCCUUUGUUCGCCACCAACAACACAGCAGCCUUGACUAAAAAAGCAGCAUCCUGUUUAUUGAGUGACAUUGGAUUUUCAGUUGGUAAAUAUCAACAACCUGAAAUUGAAUCGUCUGGACUAUAAUUGUUCAAAUGACCGAUAACCUGGCAAGAUGAAAGACGAAAUAGCAGCGGCGGUGGUGUUUUUGACGACAAUGGUGAAGAAAAACCAAAACCUGAACAAAGAGCAGGUCGACAACUUCUCGGAUAAGUUGACAGCUGAGCUUGUCGAGAAAUUCAAAAAUCACUGGUAUAUUGAUAAUCCCGUAAAGGGCCAGGGCUACAGAUGUAUUAGGAUUAACGAAAUCCACCCAGUUGAGCCGUCGUUAAACAGAGCGGCGAAAGAGUGUGGCCUGAAAUACGACGACCUGAAACUCCCGCUCGAGCUUACGGUUUGGGUGGACCCAACGGAGGUGACGUGUAGAUUUGGAGAACUUAAUGGUACGUGGUGUACAGUGGCUUCUUUCAACGAGGACAACAAGGAAAGCGAAAAUGGAAACAAGAGUUCACGCCACAGCUCAUCCAAAUCCAGCAAAAAGAGUCACAGCAAAAAACAAGCCAAAAAGUAUUCACAAUGGUAUUCUAGUAAUCAACUAAAUGAGAACGAUAUUAUUCCUGGUACAGGUCAUUACCAUUAUAUGGGCAAUGCAGUCAACAUACCAACUGUAUAUUAGCCGAAGAAUGAAUUAUUCCGGAAUUUCUAAACACCUUGAAAUGCCUAAUUUAGCCUGUUUGUCAGUUUUAUUUUGCUUUCCCAAAGGCAUAAGGCUAUCAAUUCUUGCCCUAGACUGAUCAUUUUCAAAAAGUUCAAGCCCAACUGGGCAACUAGAAAUUAAAAAGGUAUUAAUAAUUUCCACAUGGGUGUCCUAUUCAAUAAUAGGCAAGUCAAUUUUGAUGUGUUUUUAGCAUGGUUCCUUUAAAUAACAGAAAAACGAUGAGACUAAAUAUUUAUUCCUGCCCAAAAUAGUGAAAUAAACCAGCUGGUUGAAAAUAGAGCCUCCAUAUUAUAUUUAAUCAGACAAAGGAUAUGAAUGCUGGGACAUAUGUGACCCACAUGUACUUCCUAUGUCCUUGUACUCUGGCUGAUAUGUCUAGAGCUUAUUGAAAUGAGUGCAUUUAGCCAGUGUCAAAUCAUAUUCUGACAAGUACAUUAUAAAUAAUAUUUCGAUGAUACAAGUCAAGGUUUAUCUCGUGUACUAGACUGACAAACAGGCUAAAAGAUUUUUUAAAUAUUCACAUUUCUAUUUGACCAAACUUCAUUGCCAUUUUAGCCAAUUUCAGUAUUUCUUGCAAUAACUGGUGAACAAAAUAUCUUUAUUUAGUGCCAUGAAAGUUAUUUUUAUCUUAGCUACAAGGUUUUUUUGGAUAAAUUGUAUUUAUUAAAAGCAUUCUUGCGAGUCAAACUGCUUGGUUUCACCUGUUACUGCAAGCAUACUGUUUGCUAUUUUUACGCAACAAGAAUACAUUGUGGCAUUUGUUGGCCAAAAUUGCGACUUUUAUCACUUUUUUUCCCAAAUCAUUUUUGCUGCCAAUCAUUAAAUUUUAUUAAAUAUAAAAUCAAUUAUUUUAUUAUAGAUAAAUGGUAUUAGAGGUAGUUUUAAUAAAUAUAUUAUAAAAAUUUUCUCCCUUUGUCAGGAGUUUUAAUGUUUGUAUCUUCCAAGUUGGGACCAAAUUUUCAAACAGACUUUCAAGUUUUUAAUAUAGAGAGUUCCAUAUAGAUUGGUUGUUCAAGACUGAUAGGCGCAAUGAUAUUAAUGACACAUUGCUAAGAUAUAAUUCCUCUAAGCCAAGCUGAAACUGAGUUUCAUGUUUCCUUCCUUUCCAUAAACAACCUUGUAUAAAGUAUUUUUCUCAGGAUUCGCUGAAAUAUUUCUUGUGGAAAUGUGGG